UAGACACAGAAAGAGACGAAAAGGGGGGAACCUGAAAGAGGUACGGUUUACGGGGAUCGAAGUUUUUCCACACUUCGAAGCAAUGUGUUGGAAGCGGCGAUUAUUAUUUGUUUAAUGGCUACAAGUAACGUUCGCUGUAAUCACGUUUAUUGUUUAUGGGUGUUUUCAUUUUUGUCGUGGCGUGACUGAAGGAGUUCAGAGGAAGGUCGUUGAAAAAGCUGUCCGCGUUUUUUCCUUUUCCUGCAUGAAUCCAAAUGAGUUCCUGGGGAUGUGUUCGUGUUUUUAUUCCCUACGUCUUAAAAGGUGUUCUUGCUGUGAUUACUGCGAAGAAGUGGAAAUACUUGGGAGGUGCAUGAACCACUCAAUCAGCGACCUGUGGAUUACAGCAAGAUAUAGCCAACUCGAUCCCAUUACUAUAACUAGUUAAUGUUAGCUAGUUAGGUUAUUGGGUUGAUAGACAUUCGGCUAAAAACAACUGGGGAUUUUUUUGGGAAAGACGGGGACACAUAUUUCGACAUUACUACUAAGCAUUUAAAAAUGGUUUUUUGCUUUAUUAUAUGAAAAUACGGUCUCUGAGUGUUUUACCAAAAGCACGACCGCCCAUAGCUAAUUCCAUGUAUUUUCAACAUUGUAACCUCUUUUGUCGUGGAAUGAGUCCGUAGUUAGUAUCCCGACUUGUUCCUCUUUACUAGUUUAGUUUGCACUGUGGGAUUUAUUUUUCUCGAAUCGGAAGACUUUUUAUAUAGAACAGAUGAAAGUGACCUACCCCUUAUAAUUGUGGAGAAAAUGAAGCUUUUUAUUCGCAAAUGUAUCGCCAGAACCCAAGAUCACGUUAUUUAGUGGUCAUUUGUUUCAGGGAUAAUCCAAAAUCACCAAAAUUAGCUGGGAAGAUAUCAAGAUAACGUUACAACCACAUUGGACCCCCCCGGCCCCUUUUGAAGGGGGGCUAACUGGACUAGUUCUCGUGUCUCUCUUUUUUUUGAAUAUUUGUUUGUGUUUUCAUUUCUUUUAAACAAACUUUGGAUAUCUUCAAAACAACCCCCACGUUUUUGGAUGCACUAAAAAUAAGAGAAAACAAUCGAAGUCACAAUGCGGCUUGGGACCUCAGCGGCUGUUUUGGUUACUUUUAUCUACAUGGUGUGUCAUGGUGGGCUAACACAUGGAGAAAUCUGUCAGAGUAAAGACAUCCGUAACAACGUGACCAACCUGCAGCUGUUAGAGAACUGCACGGUGAUCGAGGGCCACUUGAAGAUCCUCCUCAUGUUCAAGACUGAGGACUUCAGGGGAAUCAGCUACCCUAAGCUGACUGUGGUCACCGACUUCCUCCUCCUGUUCAGGGUCUACGGUCUGGAAUCCCUCAGCGACCUGUUCCCCAACCUGACGGUGAUCCGAGGCAACAACCUGUUCUUCAACUACGCCCUGGUUCUGUUUGAGAUGGUGCACCUGAAGGAGUUGGGGCUCCACAGCCUCAUGAACAUCACUAGAGGAGCCGUGAGGUUGGAGAAGAACCCGGACCUCUGCUACCUCUCUACCCUGGACUGGUCCAAGAUUCUGGACACGGUGGAGGACAACUACAUCGUGUCCAAUAAGAACAACCAGGAGUGUGGGGACGUGUGUCCGGGCACGGCCCAGGGGAAGACCACCUGCCCACAGACCACCAUCAACGGGCAAUUUGGAGAGCGCUGCUGGACUCAGAACCACUGCCAGAGAAGUAAGUCUUUUUUUAAAAACAUUUGUUAGUUUCUCCGUCUGGUAAAGAACACACAGUACAGAGUACUGAAUAGAUAUGUUGAUAUCUCAAACAUUAGUAGCCCCACUCUGUUUUUAUCUUUUGGUUCCAUUCCUAAUACAUGCCAUAUGUUCAGUUGGCAUAAUGUGAAUCUAUGAAGGUGCACGCCGGCGUGCUUGGCAUUUUCAUCCAAUUGAAUCCGUGUUCCCCAUGUCGACUUGUAGAUUGAUAUCCGGUUAUAUAUUGUUACCUAUAGGAUAACUUGGACUCUGGCUCUGGAUGUCUUGACCUUCUCCUCUAUAUGUCAUUUCACCUCGUGUAAAGCAGCACGUCGUCUCUGGAGCUGUCUGUCUGUUUAGCUUUCAGGGUGGAUGAGAGAGCGGCAGACGGUCGAUUAUGGAAGAGCGAUUUCAUUCGGAUGAAUCAUGUUCAUAACAGCGAGGGAACGUUGUUCUUUCUAUAGUACGCCACGGGUUAUGCCG